AUGGGCUCCUCCACUUGUUGCACCAGUCGUCAACCUCCUUCUCCCGAUGCAGUCUCACCUCGUCCUGUACGAUCACCAUCUCUUACCCCAGUUAACACUCUGAGGAAGUCUCCAAGAAAAACAUCGAACUUAAGGAUUGGGGAGCUACAAACACAAGCCACUACAUGGAGUUCGGCUACAAAAACGGAAGAUACAACAGAAAUAAGAGCCGUUUUUGAAGGAGAGUGUUCCACUGAUAGCGAUAAAGAAAACGAAAUUGUGGUAGUCGAUGAAGGAGAUAGUGACGAUGAUGACGAGGACGAAAGACGACAGGAGGUCAAGCCAAUGCUCAGUUCUAACACACUCAAAUCCGUCAAAAGCCGUUUAAUAAAGACAUUUUCCCGCGAACCUAGAAUCGCAAAAGCCGAUAAAAGAAGAAGUAUAGGGACCAGUCAGGAAGAAGUCGAGCGAAGAAAGGAACUGAGAAGAAUAAGGCAAAAGAGAAUUGAAGAGGAAUUAAGUUAUGAUGAUGGAUAUGAUGAGGAUGCUCAGUCUACAAGUACAGUGGAUUGCCCCGCUAUGCGCACCGAAAAGGGUCAGAAGAGGCAAUCUCUUCUACCAGAGGACAGUGGCAACUUUCCAAUUUUCCGAAAGCAGAGCUCUUCCUUUGGAUCGGAGGCAGUUAGCAAUGACAGCAAGAUCUCCCUUUCUACAAGCAAUAAUGAUAACACGAGUAAAAUAUCGCUAUUAGCUACUAAGCUUGAUGACACCAGCAAAGUAUCUCUUUUAAAACGAGCAGAUCGAGGAAAGUCUCGAACAUGUUUAGGUCCUGGUGACCCAAACUCCAAUUUUCUCAAACCGGUCAAUACUCCACCGCGAAGAUACAGCUCCCCUGGUCCUUGUCCUACGCCCAGUGAAACUGACUUAUUCCAGCCUGGAAAACAACACAUCAGGAAAACAGACAGUGAAGUUUCUGCUAUACCUUCAGCAUCUCUAGCAGAGGCUCAAAGAUUGCAAAGUUUUGUUACCCUUGAUCCAAGCACGGCUUCGAGUUGGCGAUUGUCAUAUACUUCUCAUCAAACUAAUCGUGGAGCACAUCUUCGAAGGUUAAGUCAACAAUUUGAGGCUCCAAUUCAAUCAGCGACGGAUGUUGCAAACGUAGGAACUCAAACACUGCCACGUUGGCUAAAAACUCAUGGACUCCGAUCAUCUUCGCAGGCUAUCACUACUUCGGAAGGUAGUACUUUACCAAAAGAGCCAUCAUUUAUGCGUCCACCACGUUCAGAUACUGGAUUUGGUGGGGUUGAUGGAAGCGGAAGCUUUUCAAAUAUGCAUUUGCAGGAUAUGGAUAUCUCUAAACGUCUUCUGCAGAGCUCUUGCUCGUCACCACAACUAGUCAGCUGGGAGGAGCAUCACCGUGAAGCUUCCGGAAUUAGUACUGCGACACAAAGUCGUGCUAGAUAUAUGCGAAACCCAUCGGAAACAAUAUCAAUCCCUUCAUGCCCAUCAAUUGCCUUGAGCGAGCUACUCCCACCAAAUUGGGGAAAAUUACCAAAUGAUGGAACUUCUUCAUUUUACCCUACGGUACCCAAUAGCAUCCAGCCUUCGCCAGAAUGCUCACGGUUUGAGCUAUCUCCUUUCAUGUCCACAAGCAGAAGCAUUCCUACAAUGGUGGAGCCACAAGCCAUUGACGGGAUUAUGACUCCUCUUCGCUCACCACUAAUUCCAGCAGCAUUAGGGAGCGACACCCCUACCACAAUCAAUGUAUCUUUAACGAGCCUUCAAGCCCCUUUAAGCAGAUAUUCCGCCAAACAAAUUGAUGAGAGCUCGCUUUUUGCUUCUGAAACUACCAGUUUUCGAGAACGAGAACUGGAAUUAAGUCAUAUUCAAGCACGGUUUGCUUCGUCCGAUUUGCGUCGACCUCCAAGUACGCCAAUAUCAAGCAAGUUCCGCGAAGAAUUUGAUAUUUCACUCACCCCUCAACCCAAAUCUCCUUUUCAGAAGCUUGUCAGAGCUUGCUCGCUAAAUAGAAGUCGUGAUGUUGUGGACGAGGAUCCAUUACUUGCUCCUCCACCGCAUAGACCAGGAUUUGGGUAUCGAUUUACCUCUACUCCCACAACUUUAAGUAGAAGGAGCUCUGCGCAUCAUUCAACACCAACGAAGAAAACUACAGAAAGAAGAAGAACCCCAAUUGUUGAUGAUUCGAUCGAUACUCCAGUAAAAGGUAAAUUUUCUGCAUUUCGCAGAUUUAAGCGCCUAUCUAGUUUGGGUGGGUACGAUGGUCCCGCAGAUGAUCAUAGAGGCAGUAGAUCCGAGUCUGGUACUGCACGAAGACCAUCUGCGUUGGAUGCUAGGUUAGGCUUGGGUGCCGAGAUGACCGCAAAGGAGGCUCAACGGAAAAUAUCCAUACCUCCUAGUAUACCAUCCAUUAGAUUACCAACUCCUGAGUCUCCAAGUAUCAACACAGCUGACACUCAUGAGCCUGGUGUUCUGGCUCACAUGGCUACAUCUAUGCAUGUCUCGACUCCGGAACUUCACCUAACUGGUCAUCUUGGCCGCAUGGCCACAACUAUGCAUAUCUCGAAUCCGGAACUUCAUAUGCCUGAUACUCUUGCACGUAUUGGUACUGCUAUGCAUAUUGACUUACCUACACCUCACUUCCCUGCUUUUGGUCAUCACGAUUCAGACUCUCCCCCAAAGGAAAAGAAAGACCCCAAGGAAGCACCUGCAAUCGCUCCAAUUGCUGCACCAAAAUCAAAAGUUCAAAGGCGUGGAAAUGAUCCUCAAGGUGGAGCACCACAGUGGAGAGGCCCACGAGCUAGGAAUCGCUCUACGACUAGGGAGGAUAAUAGGAGAAGAAUGGACACUAGUCAGGAUGAUUCCGCUGCUGUUUGGAUGAGAGCAGUGAAAGGUGCGGUAUCAGAUAGAUCCAAAGCACGCAAGGACAAUCAAGACGGAGACGACAUUUUUGGAGAUUGGGAGGCACAACUGGCUGGAGUUGCAUCUAAAUCCAAAUACGAAAGUCGAAAAUUUGGCUCGAGAGGCAAACCGAAGAUCCAUCAAAUUGAACAAUUCCCAGAAGCUUGGUGUAGAUUUCCCAGCCAUGAAAGACAUGCCAGGGGGCAUGAAAGUGCGGGUGUAGAGUCGGCUGUUGAAGCAAAGGAUUUUGCGAUUUUGAAACCGGGAAAUGAGGGUCUGGGAAGAUCGGAGCAUUCUUAUGGUACAAGGAGGAGAAGAAGACCAGGUAUGUAUACUGAGAAUAGUAGUGAUCCUAGUAAUUCUCAAGGACUAUCUGAUGAGGAACUGGAUGCGAUUGAAGCUGCAGAGCCGUUUUACAAACGGUGGAGUCAGAAACUUAAGAUUGCUUGGAUGGAUUAUAGAAUUGAGGAUGGACAAAAGAAACAUGCGUUUCAUUCGGGGAGCUUGGGGAGAAGAGGUUCAAUGACUAUGGAUGGAAAAGUACCAUUUCCAGAACUGGAAUUGUUACCAAUGAGGGCACCCCCUCCGCCAAGUGAGGUGAUAGAUGAUGAAGCGGAUGAUAUUGAGGCGGAAAGAAAAAGAGUAGAAGCGAUUCAGAAAGCUAAAAUUAAGCCGCAUUAUGAGGCGGCAGAUUUGACUCAGAGUAAGGGAGGUGUAAGUGAUUUGUUGGAUAUUUUUAGUUCAGGACCUGAGGAGCCAGCUGAACCAAAAAUGCCGGUUAAAAAGAAGGGUCCGAAGGCAAGAAAAGUUAAAGACCCUUAUGCAUUGGAUGAAGAUGAUGACUUGGGUGGUGGCGGUGAGGAUAAGGGUGAUGAGGACGAAAUGCCCAAGAAGAAAGGAAAGAAGGUCAAGGAUCCCUAUGCGAUUGAUGAAGAUGAUGAUGAGGAUCUGCCACCCGUGCCAAAAAAGAAGGAAAAAGCGAAGGAUCCAUACGCAAUUGAUGAUGAUGAAAAUGAGGAGAUGCCGCCUAUUCCGAAGAAGAAGGGCAAGGCGAAAGACCCAUAUGCUAUCGAUGAUGAUAAGGACGGCUCAUCAGACUUUGGUUCUGGGGACGAUUUGGGCAAAAUUGAUCAAAUCGUGAUGAAAGAGGUGCUAAGUGGUGAUGACAAGAUUGAUCAUACACGAUUUGAAGACUCGGUCAUUAGUUUUCGCGAUCCUGAAUUCUAUCAGGAUUGUUUGGUGAUGCCCAAAGAACCAAGUCCUGUGCAUGUUAAAGAAUGCUCUGUACUGUCUAGUCAUGGGAUCAUUGAAGAAGAAAUCGAGGACCCAUAUAAGAAUGGUGCAGGGAUUGGAGUACAAGUUAAAGAGAUUGGUGAAGGGGUUAUUAAACAGAUCGAGAAGUUUAAAACGUGGAAUGGCAAAGAUUGGGAGAAGGAGAUGGGAGGAUUCUUGAGAAGAAGAGACACGAGUGUAGGAAGAGAUAGCAUGAGAAGCGCGAGAUCUGUAUGGAGUAUGGGAAGUCAGGGAUCAAGAAAUACAGUGAGGAGCGUUGGAGUAGAAGUCAAGAGACUGGAGGAUUUGGAGAGGGAAAGGAAGGCUUUGAGAAAGGGUGGUGGUCACUUGACAGGAGGUGUGCCGAGGAGGGCUAGAGGAAAUAGAGGGUGGGACAACGAGAGAGGACAUGAAAGGAGUGCCAGUUUAGGGGGGAGAGUUGUGGGAUUCGAGGGAUUAAGUGGCUCGAGUGAGACCAGGGGAAGGAGGUUGACGUUUGGAAGUGGUAGGUAG